GUAGGAUACGGCCUUGCCUAGGGGGAGGGGGCGGCACCGGCUGGCACUGGGCUUUGGUAUCCAGUCACGCCGUAAGGUCUCUCAGGCAAUGUGCUACGGUCGUCGACCGGCAGCCUGCAUGGGCACUCCUAUGGGGCUGCUAGAUAGUUAGGUGUUUUAUUGCUCGGACAGCUUUGGAUUGCAGCCAUGAAUUAUUGCUUGAUUGAGGUCGGCGUUUUAUAUCUACUGCUUCUUCUUCCGGCCAUCUCUCAUGGAGGACCUAGUCUUAAGGUUAUGUAUGCAGUUAAUUGUGGAGGAGAAGCACAUACAGAUUCGAAUGGAUUUACGUACAAGAGGGACCCACUGAUGGGCAAGAUAGGAACUGCGUCAGAUUACGGAAAACAGCUUGAUAUCCAAAGAGCACCCUUGCUGGACAAGCCUCUGUAUCAAACUGAAAGGUACCAUCAUAGCACAUUUGGGUAUGAUAUUCCGGUUGUGGAAGAUGGGGACUACGUCCUAAUUUUGAAGUUCAGCGAGGUCUACUUUGAUGCUCCAAACAUGAAGGUGUUUGAUGUGGUUCUGAAUGGUGACCACACUGUGGUGCAAGAUCUGGACAUAUACCAGCGCGUGGGGCGCGGCGUCGCUCACGACGAGGUGGUGCCUCUGUCCAUACAGAGCGGUCGCCUCAGCUACCGCGGCGACGAGUCAGACAUCCAGGGCGGCAAGAUCCGCGUCGAGUUCAUCAAGGGAUAUCGAGACAAUCCGAAGGUGAAUGCCAUUCUUCUUCUGAAAGGAAAUUUGGAAGAUGUGCCGCUGCUGCCGCCGCUGCCGGACCUGGCGUCGGCGCAGCCUCCCGAAGAGGAGGCCGCCGCCGCCGAGGACCCGGCGCCGCCGCGCCCUUCCAAGGCGUCCAGCCGACCCAGCGGGCCGCGCACGCCCGACCCCUACUCGAGCGACGAGACGUCCACCAUGCUGCCGCUGUUCGUCGCCAUCGGCGCCUUCAUCCCGGUGCUGCUGUGCCUAUGCAAACUGUGAGCGCCGCUCGGGGAAGCCCGACGCCCGUCCGUGCACCGUACCCGGUCACCGGGUGCUGGCUGUGUGCCGGCAGAGCUGCUGCAUUUUGCACCCGGUGGACGCCCGGCCGACUGCCAGUGCCCGUACCCGUCCGCGCUGACAGGUUGCCAGCCGAGAGCCAAGCUGCCGUGUCCGAGCCAUGGCGUCCCGUCGUGUCUGACGUGGCGAGGAACCCGCCGGCUCCUCUCCAGUGCUGAAUCGAGUUGUGAUGUUGCCGUUCUGGCGCGUGCUGUCGUGCGGACGUCGCCCUCGGAUGGACCGCCUGGCAGCGCUGUGGCUGCCGGCGGCAGUGUGUCUGUCGCUGCCAUUGCGGCGUCCCAUGUGUGAAUUUCUCUACACUUGUGUGUGCUAUUGCUCGGUUCGAGUCCCCGUGGGUGCGGGAUGUGUUGCUUCCCAAGUGUGGUCCCGAUAGAACAAAUUGCGACGCGUCCCGCCAUGGGCCGGCAUGCGAGAACACUGCCCGCUUUCUUGACGCCGGUGCUUCCGUUGGCGGGCGAUGCUUUCGGGAGUUUGGCAACUCUACCCAUGAUUUGUCAUAUUCAUUUAGUUGUCGGUAUGAGUGUGCGGUAUGGGGUGGCUGGGGUGGCACUGCAGGGUGUUGGCGAAAGGCGGGUGCAGCUUUAGGUCAAGCUCAAAAGGUUGGUACCGGGGUCAGCGUUUGGCAACGUUACGGCUUGAUCUCGUGUGAUUUGAUUGUGAUCAUAUUUUGUUUGUUUGUUCCCGCACUUAAUUGUCCUUCCAGAUACACGGUUCUGUCAAUGAGC